UAUAAUAAAUAAUAUAGGCCUAGUAGGCAGGCCUACUUUCCGUGAUAGAUUUUGUAUUACUUGCCCUUCCUUUAGUAGUAGUAGUGGUGGUGGUGGUGUUGUUUACCGGGAACAAUAAAUAAAAUUUAUUCAGUUGGAUGGAAGUCAUAAUCAGUUGCUAUUCUGUUUCUGUGCCUUGGUUCCGGUUAUAUAUCUCAUAUAAGAAUAAGAAAGAAAAAUAAAAAUGGACUCGGAGACUAAAAUUCAAGUGCGUUAUCUGGACAGAAAGUUUUUUCGUAACAUGGUCCGCCAUACCAAUGUUCACAACCGCAUGCAGGAGGAACAGGAAAUGUGGCGAGCGAGGGAAGUUGAAAGCAAGCAAAAGAGAAAAAGGUCGCAUAGCCAGAGCAGUUCACGUCGUUCGAAACAUAAAAAGUCUAAGAGGGUUCAAGAAACAGAUGAAUAUCAUCGUCAUGCCAACAACUUGAAACGAGAACUGACCAAGUGUGACCCGUUGAACUCAGACAGAUGGACUCACAAUGGAUUUCUAGAGCUAUAUCCUGAAGAGACAAAUUUUAAAAUUUCAACAGAUGAAGGAAGUGAGGAAGAAGGAAAAAGAAAGAAAAAGAGAAAGAAACACAAACGGUAAGAACAAAAUUUCUUUUGGUUUAAUCCU